AUGGGUUCCGUCGCAACGCUUGAAGAGACUCGCUCCAUCAUCAACAUCAUUGAAGAUGAUGCUGCGAGUGACCCCAACCGCCCCUUUGUCUUCGUACCCCGAUCAACACGCCCUCAAGAUGGGUGGGAGCCAGUCACAUACAAGCAGCUAACAAACGCUGUCAAUCAUGUCGCUCAUCUCAUUGCACAAAUGGUCGCCAACGAUGCCCGAAGAGAUGACUUCCCGACAAUUGGCUACAUCGGCCCAAAUGAUACGCGAUAUCUCGUCUUCAUGCUGGCCUGCAUGAAGGCAAAAUGCCAACCCUUUCUGCCAUCUCCUCGAAACACCAUCGAAGGCCAACUCUCUCUCUUGAAGGCUACCGACUGCCGCUAUUUCUGGUACGGAGAAGGAUACUUGCCAGUUAUCCAGAAGAUUCUUGCACAGCGACAGAUGCAAGUAACCCAAGUUCCUAGUGCCAAGGAAUGGCUCGAGGCUACGCCCAACCCUUUCCCGUAUAAUCAUUCGGCCGAUGAGACUCGAUCACAUCCAUGGAUUGCUCUUCAUACUAGCGGUUCCACCGGAAUCCCCAAGAAAAUAAUCUUAAGCCAAGGAAAUCUCCAGCUUCUUGGCAAGCUUCGCAGUACUACCGACCAGUACAAUAACCCUUCUUUAUACAAUGCAUGGGCCUCUCGUUCAACAAGAGUAUUUAAUCCUAUGCCGUUGUUUCACGGAGCGGGAGUGGCAAUGCUCAUGAUGCUCGCCAUCAACUAUAAGAUGCCUUGCGCCUUGAAUAUACCAGAGAAACCAUUAAACGCCGAGCUGGUAAUGCAGUGCUUAUCUCACGCUGGAGUUGAUGGAACUAUUCUGCCUCCUUCGGUGAUUGAAGAUGUCUCGUCUACUGAAGCUGGCCUGAAAGCGCUGACAAAUCUCAAAUUCCUCUCAUUUGGAGGUGGCAGUCUGUCGGGACCAGUGGGCGACAAGCUCGUGGAUAACGGAGCAUACAUAAUUAACCUUUAUGGAUCCAGCGAGACUUUCCCUCUGGCCUUACAAGAGCAGACAAAUCCCCGCCUUUGGCGCUAUUUCAUCUUCAACCCCGAACUUAUGGGAUCCGAGAUGAUUCCAACAGCGUGGGAGGGAGUUUAUGGAUUCAAAAUACGCCGCGACCCACGAAAUGCUAGUCCCCAGCCUGUCUUCAACAACUUUCCAGAAUUGGAUGAAUUCCUUACCGGAGACUUGUUCGAGGCUCACGAAUCCUUGCCCAACCACUUCAAGUACUACGGGCGAGGAGACGAUGUUAUCGUCUUCUCAAACGGAGAGAAGCUGAAUCCAGUGACUAUAGAGGAUAUUGUCGUUGCUCAUCCAGCUCUUAAGCAUGUCUUGGUUGUGGGACAGCAAAAGUUCCAGCCAGCCAUCAUAUUGGACCCGAAGAACCCCGUAAAGAGCGACGCAGAAGCAGAAGCACUGAUUAACGACGUGUGGCCUCUUAUUGAGCAGGCCAACAAACAAACAGUUGCGCACGGCCGUAUUGUUCGACAGCUAGUAGCCCUUUCAGACCCCAAUAUGCCGUUUUCGCUGGCUGGUAAAGGUACUGUGCAAAGGACCCAUACUGUCCGUUUGUACGGAGAUUACAUUGAGGGCAUCUACUUGCAGGCAGACGCUGCUGUGAACAAUGUGAACUUGGACCUCAGCAGCCAGCAGGGCUUGGCGUCAUCUAUCAAGGAGCUGCUUCAAGACAAGCUUGACGUUGAACAGCUCGAGCAAGAUACAGACUUUUUUAGCCACGGAGUCGACUCAUUACAGGUCAUUACCAUGGCCAAGAUGCUGCAAGCCGGGCUUGAAAAGGCAGGGGUCGAGUUCGAUCCCAACAUUGUCGCAACUCGCUCCAUCUAUUCCAACCCUUCAAUCGAGCUUCUUUCCAGCUACAUCUUCCGAUCAAUAUCUAAAUCUGAUGGAGAGAAUGGCGAUUCAGCAGAAGCAGACUUUAGUGCCCAGCAAAUUAAAGCCAUGGAGGCUAUCGUCGCCAAAUACACCAGCAAUCUCCCCGAGCGAAAUGAUGCUCAACGAGACCCGAAUGAAAAUGGUCAAACAGUCAUCUUGACAGGCUCGACAGGCUCUUUGGGAAGCUACAUGCUGGAUCAGCUCAUCAACUCGCCUCGCGUCAGCAAAGUGUACGCUCUUAACCGCGGUGCUGACGGAGGCCGCUCUCGUCAGGAGGAUACAAAUGAGAGCCGUACCUUGACCAAAGACUUCUCCAAGGUUGAGUUUUUGGGCUCGGACCUGUCAAAGCCAAAUUUUGGACUUGAUGCCGCCAAGUAUGCAGAGAUGCUGUCCUCGGUGGACAGAAUAGUCCACAACGCUUGGCCAGUCAACUUCAACAUGCCAAUCGCUUCCUUUGAGCCGUUUAUCCGCGGAGUCCGCCACUUUGUCGACUUUGCGGGUGCGUCACCCAAGAAAGUUGCUGUGGUGUUUGUAUCAAGUAUAGGCUCUGCAAAUAGCUGGUCUUCUAGUGAACCUGUGCCUGAGAGGCGACUUGAAGACCCGAAAUUGGCAGAGAUGGGAUACGGCUUGUCGAAACUCGCGGCCAGCUUCAUCUUGGACGCCGCGGCGGCACAGUCAGGCUUAGCCACCGUGUCUGUGAGAGUGGGCCAAAUUGCUGGUCCCAAGGCUGGAAAUGGUGUCUGGAAUCCGCAAGAGUUUGUACCAAGCUUGAUUGCAAGCUCAGUCUAUCUCGGAGCCAUUCCAAGUCAUAUUGGCCCAUUCCAAAAUGCCGAUUGGGUCCCGACAGAGGACGUUUCUGGAAUCAUCCUUGACGUGGCUGGCAUCACAAAUUCCCACCCUAUUGCUGAAAUCAAUGGCUACUUCCAUGUGCAGAACCCUGCCAAGGUGCAAUGGUCUGAAGUAGCCGAGACCCUUAAAGAAUUCUAUGGCGGACGCAUCAGAGAAUUCACAAGCAUGAGCGAAUGGGUUGCGCUCUUGGAAGCCAGCGCUUCUGACGAACAGAAUCUGGAUAAAAAUCCCGCUGUCAAGCUGCUCGACACGUAUCGCGGGUUUAGAGAAAAGGAGGCAGCCGGAGAGGCACCGGUUAUUUUUGACAUGAAGAGGACUAUUUCCAAAAGCACAACUGCCGCUGCAUUGAAGCCUAUUGAUGCAGAGCUGUUGCGGAAGUGGUGCACUGCGUGGAACUUUUAA